GCGCCCGGUAACCGGCGACAGGAAGCGGUGGGAGGAGGCUGGCGAGGAGGGGGAGGAGGGAAAGCGGCGGCGUUGCGGACUUUGCAGCCGGUGCUGCUGGACUAUGGUGAGCUUCGGCGGGGGCUGACACACGGGCAGCGCUGUCCGGCGCGGGGAGCUGACAGGCGGCACGUGUGGGAUGUGAGCCCUGCGAGCCGCGCUGCCGGAGGGAGCAUGAGCUGUGCCCAGGCCGGCAUUGUCCAGAAAACCUGUCACCCUUUUGGUGUGACAAGCCUCCCCUGUGUCCUGCAACUGAGCUGGCUGAGCUGCAUCCCACAGGACUGCCCACUGUCCUUGCAUGGUACAGCAGGAAUUGAUGCGCUUACAAUUGGCGGGUCAUUAUGCUGCUCCACCUGUGUAGUGUUAAGAAUCUUUACCAAAACAGGUUCCUGGGCCUGGCAGCCAUGGCAUCACCAUCUAGGAACUCACAAAAUCGGCGCCGGUGCAAAGAGCCGCUCAGAUACAGCUAUAACCCUGACCAGUUUCAUAACAUGGACAUCAGGAACAAUUCCCAUGAGUCAGUCACCAUUCCUAGGUCGACCAGUGACACGGACCUUGUCACUUCAGACAGCCGAUCUACCCUAAUGGUCAGCAGCUCCUACUAUUCCAUUGGGCACUCACAGGACCUAGUGAUAUACUGGGAUAUAAAGGAAGAAGUGGAUGCAGGGGACUGGAUUGGCAUGUAUCUCAUAGACGAAGUCUUGUCUGAAAACUUUUUGGACUACAAGAACCGUGGAGUCAAUGGUUCUCAUCGUGGUCAGAUUGUCUGGAAGAUAGAUGCCAGUUCUUACUUUGUGGAGCCUGAAACAAAGAUAUGCUUCAAAUACUAUCACGGUGUGAGUGGGGCACUACGAGCCACAACUCCAAGCAUCACAGUGAAAAACAAUGCAGCUCCCCAGAUUUUUAAAAGCAUCACCAAUGAAGAUUCAAUCCAGGGACAGGGAAAUCGGAGGCUGAUAAGUUUUUCAUUGUCAGAUUUCCAGGCUUUUGGUCUGAAGAAAGGAAUGUUUUUCAAUCCAGAUCCUUAUCUGAAGAUUUCCAUCCAGCCUGGGAAACACAGCAUCUUCCCAGCACUUCCUCAUCAUGGACAGGAGAAAAGGUCUAAGAUCAUUUGCAAUACAGUUAACCCAGUCUGGCAAGGAGAGCAAUUCAGCUUUGUCUCCCUGCCCACGGAUGUCCUGGAAAUAGAAGUUAAAGACAAAUUUGCCAAGAGCCGUCCAAUCAUCAAGCGUUUCCUGGGAAAACUCUCUAUGCCAGUUCAGCGCCUCUUGGAAAGACAUGCUAUAGGGGACAGGGUUGUAAGCUACACACUUGGUCGCAGGCUUCCUACAGAUCAUGUCAGUGGCCAGCUGCAGUUCCGAUUUGAGAUAACUUCUUCUAUUCAUCAAGAUGAUGAAGAGGUCACCAUUAGUGCAGAUCCUGAGCCAGCUGACCUCCAGGAAAGCCCUGUGAACAACCCCACAGAGGAAAGCCUCGGUGAGCCUCCAUGCAUCAACACAGUGACCUCAGAAAAUACAAUUCCAGAAGAGCUAAAUGGAUACAAUGUGAACAAUAUUGAUAGCCCAGGGGCUGUCAAACCACCCAGGGAAGUCAACCAGAACAACGUAAAUGAAGAGCUAGCAGGAGAUGAGGAGGUUGAUGCCAUGCCAGUUCCUGACUCCUUGGAAACCAUCCAAGGAAAAGUGCUGCCUUCUUUAAAUGCGACGAACCUCAUGGAGGAGCUGGGUCUGCAGGCUUGCAUGUCUCCUUCCGAGACUGAAGUCAGAGAAAAUUGUGAAGUCAAUUCUGGUACUCAAGAAGAUGAUGGAGUAUUGAACAGCACAGAAACUUUAGAGGUCAAUGAGGUGAGUGUAGAUGUGUAUGCUGGCAAAGACCUAGAGAAGAGUCAGGAAGAAGGGGCAUCAGCCCAAGAGGAGGAAGACAGCAAGCAUCAAUUGAGAACCACAGCAAAGAGGAAAACAAGGCCAUGCUCCCUGCCUGUGUCUGAACUUGAGACGGUUAUAGCUUCAGCUUGUGGUGAACCAGAGACCCCUCGCACUCACUAUAUAAGAAUCCACAACCUGCUCCACAGCCUGCCCUCAGCACAGAUGAGCAGUGAUGGGGAAGAAGAGCAAGAUGCUGGCAAUGGUGGGGAGAAUGAUGAAGAGUCCACAGUCAAGGAGAUGUUGCAGAAGGAGACAGUCAGUGAGAGUGAGACAAUGGCAGCAGAGCCUCCUCCAGAAAAUGAGGCCGAAGAGAACUUCAGCCAGUGCACAGUGCCUCCUGGGACCUUAGACGAGCAACUCUCUGACUUAAAUGAUGGACUGGUGGAUGGGGAAAACCCCAGGACAGGAAGUGAAAGCGAGUCAAGCUCCAGACCCAAUGGUGACAAUGACUGUGAGGCAUGCGAUACCUCUUGCUACAGCCCCUCCUGCUAUAGUACCUCCUGCUAUAGUACUUCCUGUUACAGCACUUCUUGCUACAGCACCUCCUGCUAUGACAGUAACAAUCGCUUCUCCAGCCAUACCCGCUUCUCCUCUGUUGACAGUGCAAAGAUUUCUGAGAGCACGGUCUUUUCCUCUCAGGAUGAUGAGGAGGAGGAGAAUAGUGCUUUUGAAUCGGUGCCAGACUCAGUACAGAGCCCUGAGCUGGACAGGGAGCAAGUGGAUGGCUCCUCCCAGUGGCCAGAUGAACUAGUAGCUCAUGGUGGGAAUCCACAACUAGCUGCAGAAAGUCUAGACACCCCAAUAGCAGGUCCAAGCAGCAGAAGAGAAGGUGAUUGUCCUUUACUCCAUAAUUCUCAGCCAGUCAGCCAGCUUCCUUCCUUGCGGCCUGACCAUCAUCACUACCCAACUAUCGAUGAGCCUCUUCCACCAACUGCAACAUCCUUGAGAAACCUUACCCAGUUGGAUAACCAGAGAGCCCUCCCCUUAAUAUUAUAUGAUGUUCACAGAGAGACUGUAUAUUGGGAAGCUCGAAUAGACAGCCAUGGGAGGGUGUUCUACGUUGACCAUGUCAACCGAACUACCACAUGGCAGCGCCCCACAGCUGCAGCAACACCAGAUGGGAUCCACAGGUCUGGCUCUAUCCAGCAAAUGGAGCAGCUGAACCGGCGAUACCAAAAUAUCCAGAGAACAAUUGCAACAGAGAGGACUGAAGAUGAUGGUGUAGCAAACAACAGGGUGGAGAGAGUUCCCACUGGAGGAGGAAGUGACUCUGAGGCAGAGCCUUCCCAACCAAGCUCAGAGAUUAGGAGGGAAGGUUCCCUUUCUCCUGUGAAUUCUCCAAAAAUCACCUUAUUGCUGCAGUCUCCAGCUGUGAAGUUUAUCACCAAUCCUGAGUUCUUUACUGUGCUGCAUGCAAACUAUAGUGCCUAUCGAGUCUUCACUAACAGUACCUGCUUGAAGCAUAUGAUUCUGAAGAUCCGUAGAGAUGCUCGUAAUUUUGAGCGCUAUCAGCACAACAGAGACCUUGUAAAUUUUAUCAACAUGUUUGCUGACACCCGACUAGAGCUUCCUCGUGGCUGGGAAAUAAAAACUGACCAGCAGGGCAAGUCUUUCUUCGUUGACCACAACAGUCGUGCUACCACAUUCAUAGAUCCCAGGAUCCCACUGCAGAAUGGUCGUCUUCCUAAUCACUUGACUCACAGGCAACAUCUUCAGCGGCUUCGUAGCUACAGUGCUGGAGAGGCUUCUGAAGUCUCUCGGAACAGAGGAGUUACUCUGUUGGCCAGACCAGGCAAUAGUCUCGUAACAGCUAUUCGAAACCAGCAUCAUUAUGAGACAUUACCUCUGGCUUACAAUGACAAGAUUGUUGCAUUUCUACGCCAGCCUAACAUUUUUGAGAUGCUGCAAGAGCGUCAGCCCAGUUUGGCCAGAAACCACGCACUCAGGGAGAAGAUCCAUUAUAUUCGGACAGAAGGUACACAUGGGCUUGAGAAGUUGUCCUGUGAUGCAGAUUUAGUAAUUCUGCUGAGCCUUUUUGAAGAAGAUAUCAUGUCCUACAUACCACUCCAGGCCACUUUCCAUCCUGGUUACAGUUUCUCUCCUCGCUGCUCACCCUGCUCAUCACCCCAAAAUUCUCCAGGACUGCAGCGAGCAAGCGCAAGAGCACCCUCUCCGUACAGGAGAGAUUUUGAAGCCAAACUACGUAAUUUCUAUCGAAAACUUGAAGCCAAAGGAUAUGGACAAGGUCCAGGGAAAAUUAAGUUAAUUAUACGACGUGACCACUUACUGGAAGGAACCUUCAACCAGGUGAUGGCAUAUUCACGCAAGGAGCUCCAACGAAACAAACUCUACAUCACGUUUGUCGGAGAGGAAGGGCUGGACUACAGUGGCCCCUCUCGAGAAUUCUUUUUCCUUCUGUCUCAGGAGCUCUUCAAUCCAUAUUACGGGCUGUUUGAGUAUUCAGCCAAUGACACUUACACUGUACAGAUCAGCCCCAUGUCUGCCUUUGUUGAAAAUCACCUGGAAUGGUUCAGGUUCAGUGGUCGUAUUCUUGGUCUUGCCCUCAUUCAUCAGUACCUUCUUGAUGCUUUCUUCACAAGGCCGUUCUACAAAUCACUAUUAAGGCUGCCAUGUGAUUUAAGUGACUUAGAGUACCUGGAUGAAGAGUUCCAUCAAAGCUUGCAAUGGAUGAAAGAUAAUGACAUCACAGAUAUCCUGGAUCUCACCUUCACAGUGAAUGAGGAGGUGUUUGGACAGGUGACAGAGAGAGAGCUGAAAUCUGGAGGAGCAAAUACAGCAGUGACAGAAAAGAACAAAAAGGAGUACAUUGAGAGAAUGGUUAAAUGGCGAGUGGAAAGAGGAGUUGUUCAACAAACAGAGGCCCUGGUCCGUGGCUUCUACGAAGUUGUAGACUCCAGGCUUGUCUCUGUUUUUGAUGCCAGAGAACUGGAGCUGGUUAUAGCUGGCACUGCAGAAAUAGAUCUCAAUGACUGGCGUAACAACACGGAAUAUCGAGGAGGUUACCAUGAUGGACACAUUGUAAUACGGUGGUUCUGGGCAGCAGUGGAGAGAUUUAACAAUGAACAGAGACUCCGUUUGUUGCAGUUUGUUACUGGAACAUCAAGUGUGCCAUAUGAGGGCUUUGCAGCUCUUCGAGGAAGCAAUGGGCUUCGGCGUUUCUGUAUAGAGAAAUGGGGGAAAAUUACCUCCCUUCCAAGGGCACACACAUGUUUCAACCGUUUGGAUCUUCCACCUUACCCCUCAUAUUCUAUGCUGUAUGAGAAGCUGUUGACAGCUGUUGAAGAAACUAGUACCUUUGGACUUGAAUGAGGGGCUUCAGGCAAUUCUGCUGUUUUUCUGGCUAUUGAUGUCAUCUUUCCAACAUAAUUUAAUAUUGGUUUCCCAUGUUUUCAGUUUUGAAAAUAAAAUAAAAAAGAAUCAAGAUUGACAAAGGCUGUGCAUGAAGAACUGUCACCCUCCAAGAUCUAAACUUCAUGCUUUCAUCCUGUUUCCUAUGGACUGCUAGUCUGUAUGCAAUAGAAAAACAACUGUCUCAAGGUUUCUCUAAAUACCUCCAUUAAUAACAAUGAAAAUACAAAUGCAAGUUACACUACACUUGAUCAAAUGUUAUUAACUGUUUACUUCCACCUACACUGAUUAAAAAAUAAAAAAAUAAAAACCCAAGCAUUCCAAGCUUUUAUAUACUUACAUUUUCUAAAUCAAUUUGCAGCCCAUCUUACUUCUUAACAGUUGAAUACAGUACGAGGAGCUGGUCAAAUAUAUUCUUCACCCAUUCUUGUUUUCUCUGUACAUACUGUCCAUCUCAGAGACACUAAUGAACAGUCCUUUUAUAUAUGAACUCACAUCAGUUUCAUCAGCUGGAACUGGCCCAGAUUCACAGUGCAGAUAGGACCUUCGAAUACUUAAAAAACAAUGAUUGCUACAAUUGUUCUUUGCCAGUACUGAAGAGAACCUGCACUUCAGAGAUACUGAGAGGGGCAUCUCUAUUGUAAUGUUUACCACAUAAGAAGCAUAAGUUUGUGCACACUAAAGAAGGAUAUCUUAUUAUGUAGCAUAAAGACCGGGCUCCUUUACCUUACUAUUGUAUGCAGCAAGGAAAAUGGGAAAUCAGAUGAAUGUUCUACUCUUGUGAAUACCGUUGGAUUCUGUUUACCAGAUCUUUGUUCUCUGAUGUUUAAAAUGCUCCUUUCCAAAUGGGAAAUACAGACGAUUCCAUCCCCUAUGUUAGAAGCCACUUAUUGUCUGUCAGACUGGGCUAACAUGGUUGCUGGGGACAGGUUUUGGUUUUGUCAUUUUUCUUUUCUUGUUCAAUGCAAAUCUCCAUAACCUUCAGAAUGGUUGUAGACAGGAAGAUUUAGUCUAGGAUCUAUCGAAUGAGAAGCUGCAGUGAAUGGUGGUGCUAGUCAAGGAUGAAGUGUACUGUAACUCUGUUAUGGUUAAAAUUUUGUUGUAGCUCCUCUUGGAGUCAGCCUAAGGGCCCUCCAGACAUGUUAUGUAUGGCCAAACUUAAGAGCAGUUUCUUAUUUCUCCAGACAGAACCCACUUCAACUUGGUGUACUUUGCAUUCCAACUCUGAAAGCAGGGAAGCAAAGGAAAACAGCAAUAGGCUUGUUUUUGGAAGGAUUUUGCUGAGGCUAUUACAGGCAACAUCACUGCUCUGUUGUGUUCUACUUAUUAAUAUUUGCUGACCUUGUUUUCCAAGACUGAUCUCAAAUUGAAAGUGUUUGUCUUCACUGGGAAAAGAAAAUAAGUGUAACUACUUCUGAUGCUAAACAUGUGAAAGGAUACACGAAAUAGGAAGUGAGAGUCUUGUGAAGGGUGAAUGAAGGUAAGUAGGAAGGUAACUUCAUAGUAUCCAACAGUUCACAUGAAAUACCAAACUCCUUUGGGGGCUUGUAACAGUUGUGUUCUAGCUGUGCUCCAGAAUAACUAAAAUCAGAUUACUUCAGUGUCUGACACAUUCCCAGUUUUAUCUCCAGACAAAAGAGCUGAACCCUGUUUUCUCACAUAGUUUAAUGGUGGCUACACAAACUCAUCACACUUGAAAAACUGCAUUCAUAGUUUCUUACCAUUCUGCUUUGAUUCUUACAUUAGUGAACAUCUGAAAGGUAGGGGAACCCAAAGUAUGUAUCUAGACAGUACGUUUUAUUAAUGAUAUAGAAAAUAUUUGGGAUACUUAAGUUGACCCAUUCAUUCUAUUUCUGUAACAUUUCUGCCUUGUUUAUAGUAAUUUAUUGUAUGGCUUUUACUGAGAACAUAUUUUAAAAUACGUGUUAUUCAUAUUGAGUAGAGUUGUGUAGGGAUGCCUUAACUACAUGCCGCCUUUCUUAUACCAGACACCAGAAAUCAUGCCUGUUAUUUCCACAGAACUUGAGCAUCUGCCGCACAUGCCCAGCCCCACUGCAGAGUAAAGAUGGAAUCUUUUUUCUGAGUACAUCUAUCACAUGCAUAUGAACUACAUAAGGGUGAGUCAAAGCAUAAGAGAUCAAACAAAAUCUUCCAGUGCACAUUAUUUCUGCCUCUUCGCCACUGAGCUCCAAAGUUCAGUGUACUCCUGAUUUAUUCCUGGUCAUAUUAUUGUAACAAAUUUAUCUGUGCUUUGUCAAACAUUGGGCAUCUUCCAACAAUAGAAGAAAAGGCAGAUAAGUAUCCUAUUGGUUUGGCAAAAGAGAACAGUGCAUGAAGAGCUGCCUCAUUGACAUAGUAAAAGAAGUAAAAAAAAAAUUAAAAAAAAUAUCUUUGCAAUGCUGUCUAGUUUGUUAUUUUUUUAAAGUAUUUAAAACUCUAUUUUUUAAGAAAAAGUAAAACUAUAUUUUGUAGCAUAAUAUAUUUGUAUUUCAGAGGCAGCAUCAAAACCCACUGACUGAAAGAACAAAAGUUUUCUCCUGAAAUUCUUCCCAAAAUAUUCUGGCCCUCACCACAUGCUGAGAUCUAAAUGAGGUGCCGUGCAUCUCCAUGUUUGACAAAUGCCAUCUCAAGCAGCUUGUGUGCUUCUGCUGUAGAAAAUAUACAGCACAGCCUGCUACUUCCCAUCAAAAUCCUUAGUCCAAGCUUUCAAGUGCAAAAGUUAAGAGUAUUUUUAAAAGUUUUUAUGCGUAGGUGUUUGUGAUGACAUCAAAGUAACAAGAUCAUGCGAAUUUCGUUGCAGGAUUUUGUUUGUUUGUUUGGGGUUCUUUGUUAGUUUUUGUUUGUUUUAGUCUAAAGUCAGGUAUGAAGGAAAGCAGACAAAUAUUUCUUAAAGAUAAAGAAAACACUAUGCUACUCUUGCAUUUCUUUCAGAUUCCAUUUCUAUUCGUCUUUCUUCCCAAACACCCUCCCCCAAUAUGUUUUCAAACACUGAUAUAAUCUCUGGGGUAUUUGGAUCUACAUCUCACAGGGCAUUUUUUCAUUCAUACCACAGCCUGAGUCUAGACCCAUUCUGAAGUGAAGAGGAAGCCAUGCACCUUGGUGUCCCUGUAUGUUGGAGUGAGAGAGCGAAUGGUGAUAACAAGUGAGGGGAAGAACCCAUCUCCUCUGCUCUGUUAUUAAACCUGUCUAUUACGUAAUAAAUUGAUUUUGCAUUAUUGUAUUGUUGUAUUGCAAGUCAUACAACCUUCCUCGUUGAUCUUAUGAUUCAAAUGCUAUUAUUAGUAUCUCUGCUCUCUUCCCAGGUCUGCAUUUUCAUUUGUAAAAUAUGACUAUUACAGAAUUUCUGAUUUCAGUUUCUCAUAGGAAGGACUUUCAAAUUUUGUAUCAAGCAGACUUACUGUGAAAUACAUGAGCAAUGAGCAUUCAAAAAGUCUGUUCAGCUCCUUCACCUCAGUUCAUUUUGCAUGUGGUGUUGGCUAGAUUAAGAUAUGACACAAACAAACAUCAGCAGAUUUAAAAAUGCAAAUUAAAAGUGGAAUAGGCAAUCUGACAGCUUUUUUGAAGUGCAGUUUCUGACAGGAGGAACAGAUGAUGGUAGUUUGUACAUUUGGGUUCAGUGAGUUUACUUUUCUCAAAGUGAUAGUUGUGAUGGUAUUAAUGGCAGAAGGAAGAAACAGAGAAUCGCUGUUGGUGAAAUCCUGGUGCUACAGUUGCAGUACAGUAAGAGAAUGAAAAUAAGUAUUUGAAGGUCCACCCUCUGCUUUGAAGUAGUCACACUACUUCAUAAGCACAAAAUGUAGGAUUUGAUCCAGUACAAUCACAGCUGUACCUUACUGUUGUCUGCAUCAGGUCUAAACUUUACAAAUGUCAUUUCAGUCUGCAGUAUAUUCUGUGAGCAUCCAGUCUUAAUCAUGUGGCUGUGCAUAUUUGGAAUAUAAUUUUAUGUUCUAAGGAGUUCUGUGGCUAUGACAAGGCAAAGAGUAAGUCAUCCAAAUUACACCAAACAUCUAAUGGAGAAAUCAUGAGUUUUGUACAGUCUUACACAGGACUUUUUUCACCAGGUUUGUUCAAGUGCCCAUGAAGUUUUUAGCGAACUGUAGCUAAGGUCUGAGUUGGUAUUCUAGUCUGAGAAAGCCUGUGGAGGGGGUUGGCUUUGUGCUUUCUUAUUCUUGUUUCACAUUAACAAAUAGUUGACAUAUCUCUAGGUCAAAAAAAGUAGGAUACUGAAUUUUGACAUGGAAAUUGACUAACAAAUACACACUCACAGCAGAGGAGUUAAACUCGCCCUUUGCUGUUAAUCCUGUGGCAGUCUAUGGAAAUCCAGAAGGAUGAAUGUGAUGAGAUUUGUUUCAUUUCUGUUGAAAUAAUAUUUUUUGCCCUGUCUCUAUAGUAAUAUUAAUAUAGCUUCCCAGUCAAGAUUGAACACUUUCAGUUAAACAUAGACCAAUAGAUCUUUCUAUAAUAAAUGCGGUGCUUUUUCUAUUAUAAUUCUUGCUGUACCUCACUGUUCAUUAUUAAAAACAACAACAACAAAACACAAAAAACUGCUGCAAUUUACUAAAUCUGUGAUAGGAUUUCCAGUCAUCACAAGGUCCAACAGAUUGGAUUGUUACUUUCUCUCUUGUGGGUCAUGUAGUUCCUUUGUUCUAGUAGAAAAACAGAUGCCUGUACAUAGUAGUUACUAGACAUAGUAAAUAUUGUACCAUUAGCCAAAUUCCCUGCAGCUUCCAAUUUCUCUUAAAAAAAAAAAAAAAAAAAAAAAAGAUAUGCCUGUUACAGUUUUUGUUUAAGAAUAUAUAAAGUUAAUGGCAGGAAAGGUCCUCAUUGUUGGACUGAUUUUGCUUAUAUUGACAGAAAAUUGUCACAUGAUAGGCUGUGCUUUCUAUUCAACCAUAUCACUAUAGAGGAAUGUCAAUAAAAUCACUUUGUUAUGGUA